GGCUGAGCCGUGGAAAUGGCGGCUGUGGCCAAGAGGGUGACGUAAAUGCCGCUGAGGAGGCUGACAGACUUGGACUGCCUUCAGCUUUUUGUUUCAGCCUAGCGCUCUAAGCUGGAGAAGUUUUCACAUCCUUACUCUGUUCCACACCCAGGGUGUUGCAUCUUCUCAGUCCGUUGCAGAGGCCGGAGCCCGCUUGAGGGGCACAACUGGGAUGGAGACUCCGAGCCUGGGGGACUGCGGAGCUGCCCCCUCGGUCAGCUCCAGUGAGCGCCUACUCCCAGCCCGGCCUUGUGACCUCCGCAAGGAAGAUGUUGCUCCGGGAUCAGAGACAGUGGGAAAAGAUGAGAAACAAAUGGUGAUAAAAAGCAGCAGUGAGUGUAAUCCCCUGCUACAGGAACCCAUUGCUUCUGCUCAGUUUGGUGGUACUGCAGUGACGGAAUGCCAUAAGCCUGUCCCAUGCGGAUGGGAAAGAGUUGUGAAGCAAAGGUUAUCUGGGAAAACAGCAGGAAGAUAUAAUGUAUAUUUUAUCAGCCCACAGGGACUGAAGUUCAGAUCCAAAAUUUCACUUGCUAAUUAUCUUCACAAAAAUGGAGAGACUUCUCUUAAGCCAGAAGAUUUUGAUUUUACCGUACUUUCUAAAAGGGGCAUCAAGUCAAGGUAUAAAGACCGCAGCGUGGCAGCUUUGCCAUCCCAACUGCAAAACGAAAGUAACAGUUCAAACCGGAACCUCAGGACUCGAAGCAGGUGGAAAAAAGAUGUGCUUCCUCUGCCAAGUGGUAGUUUGGAAUUACAGGAUAGCAGAGGACUAUCUAACUUUACUUCCAUUCCUUUGCCUCUGAAAGAAGAGGAGGAUGUUAAUGAUGCUGACUCCAGAAAGGUUAGAAAGUCCAAAGGAAAGGUGACUAUUUUGAAAGGAAUUCAAAUUAAGAAAACUAAAACAGGCUGCCGGAAGAGUCCUUCAGCUUCUGUUCGAAGUAAUAGAAAAAGAGAAUCUGGGUAUAAUAAGGCAGAUGCUGAAAGUGAACCUGUUGUGCAAGAAAGUCAGCUUGAUAGAACUUUCUGCAUUUCUGAUGCCACAGCAAGCAACAAGACCCUCAGUGUGACCAGUGAAGAAAAGAGACUUGUAGAAGAAACAUCAUUGAGUUCAGAAUCAGAUUUUCAUUUUGAACAAAUAACUUCUGGUGUCAUAAACAAAUUACGUUCAGCCAAAGAAGCAGAACCCAACAAGAAGUGUGAGGAUGCCUUUUUAGAAUCUGAGGAAAUAACAAAAGUAGACGCUGGGGAAAGGAGGGAACAUUUGCAUAUGGACAUUUUAAAAUGUGGCUCUGAAAUGAACAACUGCUUACAAACCAAGAAAGACUCUACUUCUUUGAAAAUAUUUCAAGAAGACACCAUCUCACAGACACAAAGAGAAAAAAGGAAAACAAGCCUGUAUUUUUCCAGAAAAUAUAACAAAGAAGGUCUUAGCCCCCCACGACGCAAAGCCUUUAAGAAGUGGACACCCCCUCGGUCACCUUUUAAUCUCGUCCAAGAAACACUUUUUCACGAUCCAUGGAAGCUCCUCAUUGCAACAAUAUUUCUCAAUCGGACCUCAGGCAAAAUGGCAAUUCCUGUACUUUGGGAGUUUCUGGAGAAGUAUCCUUCAGCUGAGGUGGCAAGAACCGCAGACUGGAGAGAUGUGUCAGAACUUCUUAAACCUCUUGGUCUCUACGAUCUUCGAGCAAAAACCAUUAUCAGGUUCUCAGAUGAAUAUCUGACAAAGCAGUGGAGGUAUCCAAUUGAGCUUCAUGGGAUUGGCAAAUAUGGCAAUGACUCUUACCGAAUUUUUUGCAUCAAUGAAUGGAAGCAGGUGCACCCUGAAGACCAUAAGUUAAAUAAAUAUCAUGACUGGCUUUGGGAAAAUCAUGAAAAAUUAAAUCUGUCUUAA